UUUGUUUGGCAGUUUCCCACUUGAAAAUCCUGAUGAGGACUCAGAAACAUUCACAGCCACAGAAGUUGUAACACAACUGAACCUGCACUUGGAGAACGCGAUUCAAGAAAAGAGACAACUGGAUGUGGAGAACCAAAAGCUUAACAUGUUUCUAAAUUCAACUCUGGAAAACUUUAACCUCAUAGAGGAAGAGAAGAAACAACUUAACCUCCAUCUGAACGAAUCACUGAAGAUCAUCACCCUCCAAGGCGCAGAAAGUAAACAGUUGCACCAGCUGUUAUUGAAUGAACAGCUAAACUCCAUGCAGCUGAAAGCAGCUAAUGAACACCAGCUUUCAAUCCUGUUCUCGACCAAAAUGGGCUUCCUUUGGAGAUUCUGCAACAGAGACACCCUGCAGUGUUCACACUGCCCGCCUGGCUGGACUGAACACGCUUCACGCUGCUUCAUCCUGUCCCACGAACCAAAGCAGUGGGAAAAUGCUCGCAUAGAGUGUCUUGACUAUGGGGGUGACCUGGCUAUGGUUUGGAAUAAAGAAGACCAGGCAUUGUUGACCAACAUGACUUUUCAGUAUGUACAGCAGAAUCCUAGUGAAGAUUUUCAUUCAGCAUGGAUUGGAUUGCAAGAUAUGGUCCAGGAGGGCACCUUCUACUGGGUCAAUGGCGACACGAUCAAGUGGAAUGUCAUUUAUUGGAUGGAUCAGGAGCCAAAUAACGCUAUGGACAACUGGGACUUGAAAGGACAGGACUGUGUUGCCAUUGUUCCACCAACACGCAUUGGAGCGGAAGACUGGUUGAACAACUGGGAUGACAGUGUUUGUGAAGACAGACGGCACUACAUUUGUGAGACCACAGCUCUCAUUUUGGGCUGACUGAUGUAACACCCGUUACACUCACAAGUGUGUAUAUAUGUACAUAUUUAUAUGUCCUGUUGUGUUACAACAAUGCAGCUAAAGUACAAGAAUAUAUGACUAUUUAAAUCAAUUACAAUUACAAUAUAUUUAAUGGCAUCUUCACCACUGUUGUGUUAUAGACAUAAUUUAUUAACUCAAGAUUUAAGGGUGGGGGAUGAACAGCCAAUCAUAAUUGCAUCACUUUAGGCAGGCAUAUAAUAAACAUUUGUAUUCUGUACAUAA